GAGAGAUGUUCAAGUACCAUGUCUUGGUUUAAAAUCUUGCCCGUAUUUCAAAGAAUUCCAAAGAUUGGCUCGAAUUUUACUAUUGAUGACAGAUAUGUUAGAUAUAUCUGCAAAAUAUUUCGAAAAACAUGAUGAAUAUUAUGAUAGUUUCCCUUUGAUACUUACUAGCUUUUUUAAUAGAUUAAUCGAAUCUAUUGAAAAACGAAAAUAUAAACCUUUCGUUCGUGGAAGAUAUGGCUUACCUAUACCAUGGCUUCUUUAUGUAAAAAGCCUAAAUUAA